AUGAGAGGCGGGCACUUCCCUUCAGCAGGCAAAUACGGAGCAGAUAUUUCCUCUCCGCCGACGCUCCUCCGCGCUGCCACAGUGCCAUGCCCGAGCUGCAGCAUUAGCAGGACUCUUUCCCCCGUCUGCUUCACCCUCACCCUCUUGUCUUCUCGACUCUUCUCGAUCUUCUUUUCCCAAAACGAGCUUUUGCUCAGCCCCGCGGAAAUGCCCAACAUCGUGCUUUUUAGCGGGAGCUCUCACCACGACCUCUCGCAGAAAGUGGCUGAUCGGCUAGGGCUGGAGCUGGGGAAGGUGAUCACCAAGAAGUUCAGCAACCAGGAGACAUGGCGAGUACACGUUUUUAGAUAUGAGUUAAUUGUGGAAAUAGGGGAGAGCGUGCGUGGGGAGGACGUGUACAUCGUUCAGAGCGGAUGCGGUGAAAUUAACGACAACCUCAUGGAACUGCUCAUCAUGAUCAACGCCUGCAAGAUUGCGUCCUCCUCGCGCGUCACGGCCGUCAUCCCGUGCUUCCCCUACGCCCGCCAGGACAAGAAGGACAAGGUAAGCCGCACACCGGAGCCCCCAGGGGAAGACGGGCGCUGGGCUCUGUCUGGGGCGAAGGGCAGGAGGGCCCCGGCCUCUGCCGCCUUCACCAGAGGCCGCCCCGGCUACUGUCGGUCAUUAUCUGGUGACGCAGCAGAAGGUCCGUUUAGCGCCGAGCCACAGGAAGACCGCGGCACGCGCCGCUCUGCUGUGUGUUGGUUCUUGCUCCAGAGUCGGGCCCCGAUAUCGGCCAAACUGGUGGCGAACAUGCUGUCGGUGGCGGGCGCUGACCACAUCAUCACCAUGGACCUCCACGCCUCGCAGAUCCAGGGCUUUUUCGACAUCGCCGUGGACAACCUGUAUGCUGAGCCAGCUGUGCUGCAGUGGAUCAAAGAAAACAUUCCAGAGUGGAAGGACUGUAUCAUUGUGUCUCCAGAUGCCGGCGGGGCCAAACGCGUGACGUCCAUCGCCGACCGUCUGAACGUGGACUUUGCCCUCAUCCACAAAGAGAGGAAGAAGGCCAACGAGGUGGACCGCAUGGUGCUGGUGGGGGACGUCAAGGACCGGGUGGCCAUCCUGGUGGACGACAUGGCGGACACGUGCGGCACCAUCUGCCACGCUGCCGACAAGCUCAUCGACGCUGGCGCCACCAAGGUCUAUGCCAUCCUCACACACGGCAUAUUCUCAGGUCCCGCCAUAUCUCGCAUCAACAACGCCCCUUUCGAGGCAGUGGUGGUCACCAACACCAUCCCACAAGAAGAGAAGAUGAAGGCGUGCCCAAAGAUACAGGUCAUCGACAUCUCCAUGAUCCUAGCGGAGGCGAUAAGAAGAACCCACAACGGGGAGUCGGUGUCGUAUCUAUUCAGCCAUGUUCCUCUGUGAAGAGGCCCCCGCCCCCCAGCCUUCCCCUCGGAUCACUCGGCCGCCACCUUUGGCCUCACGUCACGCAGAAAGGCUGAAAUAAUUUUUUUUAAAGGCCCGAUGGGUUUCGGCCUGACAAACGUGGCUUUCCAAAGGUCACCCCCCCCACACAUCAUCACCAUUGACAUUUUCACCCAGCAGACGGAGCAACAGGACACAACACUUCCUCCUCCAAGGUUCAAGCUUGUAUUUAUGAGUCUUCGUGUUUUUUCGUCUGUUCAUCCGUUUCAUCCCUUCAUUUCUCUUUAACUAAAGGGUCCAUUGUCCCACAUCUUUUACCUCAGUGAGUUUAUUUAGCUGAAGCGUUCCGCUCUGUUUUAUAGGAAAUAUUUAGGCCUUCUCUGUUUGUGAUUUUUAAUAAAAAGCAUAAAAAACACACACCCCUGCAUCCCCAAGUGUUUGCUUAAAUCUUUCCCGAAAAUAUUAAAGUCUAACCCUUUAUUAAAGUCUUAACUCACGAAUAGCCUGACUUGAUUGCAAGUUUGUUCCCGGCACUAGUCGAAAAGCUUCGUUCAAAUUGUGUUGAUCGGGCCACAACUGCAAAGAAAGAAAUCAACCUUGUGAACUUUUUUUUUUUUUUUUUGUGAAUGGCACCGAUGAAUUUUCUGCUGUCACUUCUUAGGAUGGAAUGGCAAACCCUCUGAUUUUCUGCUUCGGCUGUUCUAAAAUGUACUCUAACUAAUACGAGGUGUAGUGGGUGUUUCUCCCCCCGCUCUUAAAAGGUCAUUAAAUGAGACUGAGCCCAGAGCUUUUGUAGUGUUAAGGUUCCAGCCUGUAAUCUGUUCUAAUGUGGCGACGGUGUCGCGGCUGUAACGAGUCGCUGUUUGAAUGAGGCAGGGUUCACUGUUUGCCACUUUUAAGUGGAUGGAAAGGAUUUGGAUUUUUUUUUUUUUUUAAUGUAAUAUGAGAAGCGUUCCUUUGGUAAUAAUAAAGCUUCGAGAAUUACAUACUGA